GCGUGCUGGAUUAACGUGGCCAUGAUUGUCACCGCGAAGUUGGUAGCCAUUGGCUUGGGCCUGGCCCUCACAGCCUUCACCGUUUCGACCAUCGUCCUGGCCGUCCAGAAGGCGAAUCUUAAGAGCGAUCUUCGCGAUGCCCAGGAGAAGCUGGAUCUUCUGGAGGCGGGGUUUACCACAACGGCUGCUCCGACGACUGGGAGCACUGCGAAUCCUGGCAGCACUAGCAGUCCGGAUCCCACGGCCUCUCCAGGAUCAACUGCCUCUCCAGGAACUACAGCUUCUCCCGAUCCAACUGCCUCUCCAGGAUCCACAGCCUCUCCCGCUCCAACUGCCUCACCGGGAACCACAAGUGAACCAGGAACCACUGCUUCUCCGGCGGAGAAGAUCGACUACCGACUGCCCGGCAAUCUGAUACCCACCCACUACGAUCUGUAUCUGUUUCCCAACAUAGAAACUGGUGAAUUCAGUGGCCAGGAAACGAUUACCAUUACUGUUGCAGAAGCCACCGAUAAGAUAGUGUUGCACUCCCUCAACUUGAAUAUUUCGAGUGUUGCUGUUAUGAACACGGGAAGUGAUACUCUGCAGGUCCUGGAAACGUCCUUCGAUGAUGUGAGGGAGUUCCUCACAUUCCAGCUGAGCGAACCCCUAACUCAGGGCAGAGAAAUAAGGCUGCAUCUGGGAUUCGAGGGAUCCAUGGCCAACAAAAUCGUGGGCCUGUACAGUUCUUCGUAUGUGAAGGAGGAUGAAACUCGCAAGUGGAUUGCCACCUCCAAGUUUGAACCCACCUACGCUCGCCAGGCGUUUCCCUGCUUCGAUGAGCCUGCUCUAAAGGCAGAGUUCACCAUCACCCUGGUGCAUCCUUCCGAGGAGGAUUACCACGCCCUGUCCAACAUGAACGUGGAGUCGACUGUCCCUCAGGGAGCCUUCCAGGAGGUCACCUUCGCGAAGAGCGUGCCCAUGAGCACCUACUUGGCCUGCUUCAUCGUCUCCGACUUCCAGGCCAAGCAGGUGGACAUCGACACCAAGGGAAUCGGGGAGACCUUCACCAUGAGUGUUUAUGCCACCCCAGAGCAGCUGGAUAAAACGGAUCUGGCUGUGGUGAUUGGCAAGGGAGUCAUCGAGUACUACAUCGACUACUUCCAAAUCGCUUAUCCGCUGCCCAAACUCGACAUGGCCGCCAUUCCCGACUUCGUCUCCGGAGCUAUGGAGCACUGGGGACUGGUCACCUACAGGGAAACGUCGCUAUUGUACGACGAGGAAACCAGUUCGGCGACCAACAAACAGCGCAUCGCCAGCGUGAUUGCCCACGAAUUUGCUCACAUGUGGUUCGGAAAUUUGGUAACCAUGAACUGGUGGAACGAUCUGUGGCUAAAUGAGGGAUUUGCCAGCUUUAUCGAGUAUCUCGGAGUUGAUGCCGUUUACCCAGAAUGGAAAAUGCGUGACCAAUUUAUUGUGAGCACCCUGCAUGCAGUUCUCACCUUGGAUGGAACUCUAGGUUCUCACCCAAUCAUCCAGACCGUCGAGAAUCCCGAUCAGAUCACUGAGAUCUUCGAUACCAUCACCUACUCCAAGGGAUCCUCCCUCGUGAGAAUGUUGGAGGAUUUCCUGGGGGAGACCACUUUCCGUCAGGCGGUUACCAACUAUCUGAAUGAGUAUAAGUACUCCACCGCGGAAACCAGUAACUUUUUCACAGAGAUCGACAAACUGGAACUGGGCUACAAUGUCACAGAUAUUAUGCUAACUUGGACGGUUCAGAUGGGUCUGCCGGUGGUCACGAUUGAGAAGGUCUCCGAUACGGAAUACAAAUUGACGCAGAAGCGCUUCUUGUCCAACCCGAAUGACUAUGACGCCGAUCACGAGCCCUCGGAAUUCAACUACCGCUGGUCGAUCCCCAUCACAUACACCACCAGCUCGCAAUCGGAGGUGCAACGGGCCUGGUUUUAUCACAGCCAGAGCGAAAUCACUGUAACCCUUCCCGCGGCGGUUCAGUGGAUUAAGUUCAACGCCGAUCAGGUGGGCUACUAUCGGGUUAAUUACGCCGCCGAUCAGUGGAAAGAUCUGGCCGAUCAGUUGGUGGCUGAACCAAGUUCAUUCAGUGCCGGAGAUCGUGCCUCCCUCCUCAACGACGCCUUUGCCCUGGCCGAUUCCACUCAGUUGCCAUACGAAACCGCCUUCGAGUUGACCAGGUAUCUGGCCAAGGAGGCCGACUACGUUCCCUGGAGCGUGGCUGCUUCCCGACUCACUUCCCUGAAGAGGACCCUCUACUACACCACUAGUUAUGCCAAGUACAAGAAGUACGCCACGGCCUUGAUUGAACCCAUUUACACGGCUUUAACGUGGACGGUUGGGGAGGAUCAUCUGGAUAAUCGCCUUCGGGUCACCGCUUUGAGUGCCGCCUGUUCCCUUGGCUUGGAGUCCUGUCUCUCUGAGGCUGGACAGCAGUUCAGCAAUUGGCUGGCCAAACCAGAGGAUCGUCCCAAUGCCGAUGUGCGUGAGACCGUCUACUACUAUGGAAUCCAAUCCGUUGGAGAGCAGGAGGUUUGGGACGUGGUGUGGGAGCUCUUCGUCAACGAAUCCGAUGCCAGUGAGAAGUCCAAGUUGAUGUACGGCCUGUCUGCCGUGCAAACUCCUUGGAUUCUUAAGCGGUACAUUGACCUCGCCUGGAACGAGACGUACGUGAGGGGUCAGGACUACUUCACCUGCUUGACCUACAUCUCCGCGAAUCCUGCGGGAGAGUCCUUGGUGUGGGACUACGUUCGUGAGAACUGGCAGCGAUUAGUGGAUCGAUUUGGUCUGAACGAGCGCUAUCUGGGCAACCUGAUACCCUCGAUCACUGCCAGAUUCAGCACCCAAACCAAGCUGGAGGAGAUGGAGCAGUUCUUCGCCAAGUAUCCGGAGGCUGGAGCCGGAACUGCUGCCCGAGUGAGGGCUUUGGAGACUGUCAAGAACAACAUCGUUUGGCUGGCCGAAAAUCUGGAGGGAGUGGACGCCUGGCUGGACAAACAAGAACUGUAGGAAUGUCCAAUGGGGAAGUGGUCUUUCGCCCACGAAUCACAUUAAAUUUGUACUCAUCUAAUGGCCAUUAUAAAGCAAUCACAUGCCGAACAAGUAAAAAUAAAGAUAGGGGAAAAACAGAAA